AUGUGUCGUGCUAUCCAGAUUGCUCUAGCACCAGUGACUGCAACUAGUUCUACAGAGUCGCAGCCAUCGUCGAAUGCAAUCAUCACAGAUGAUGAAGUUGUAGUCGAUACGUUACCGAUGACCUUACUUGAGCGAGCCAUCCAGUGUGCCAUCCGGCUCAGGUUGGAUCUACUACUGUCUGGUAAGUAUUACCAUUGGGUUUUCUUCAAGCCCGGGACCAAUUUUGACUUCAAGACAAUGAGUACGAACUCGACUCCCAACAACCGAAGUUAUGUCUACACGAAGAAAAAUAAAUCUCGGAAGCGCCAGCGCAGCAGUGAUGACUUGAGAGUCGGUGGACCUAUCAAGUUAUGCAUCUUCCCGGCGCUGUAUGAAGAUGACUCUGCAAAGCAUCUUACCAGUGAUUGUGGAUUGUUGUUUUGGGACAGUUUCGACAUGCGGCAACAUUCUUCAGUAGACUUGCAAGGUUCAAGAUUGAUUUCGCCUGCUGUUGUGUUAGUAUGA